AUGGCUAAAGUGCCCGAGCGAGCCACGGUGGGGAGAUACAGAUCAGUAUGUCACUCCAUCUCGGGAAGUGCACCGCCCCCUGAGGCCAGCAGGGAUGCCCGGCAGAGAAAUACGGCUGUUACCAAGUGCCGGUUCACGUGCCCGAUGCACGGUGAGGCCAAACAACAUACGUCUGAGUUUGGAGCAGAGAAAGGCUUACCGCCGGGCCCCCACGCUGGGAGCCACAACUGUAACAGGGGAGGGGAGGCAAGACCCUUCAAGGUCCUACUCCGCCAACAGUCGGCAGCGCAGGAGUCCUGUCCGGGAGGCGGCGGUCACCCUGGGCUGCAGUCUGUGGGACCCAGCCCCCGCUUGCACAGCCCGAGGAGCCUGGGGGCCGGUGAGGACUACGGGGUGCUCAGGGCUCAUGCUGGAGAAGAGGGUUCAGGGGACGACCACGGCACAGCAAAGACGACCUUGUCCUCGUCGCUUGGGAAAUGCAGACCUCCGCAGACAUGCUCGCGACAUUGCAGCCCUCAUGAGCCAAAGGAGGCCCCCGCCACCACCCCCGGCCGGCACUCCCAGCAUAUUCCAUGGUGUGCCCCAUUCUCUGCGGUCAGGGAGGAGAGGCCCGUGCCGAGGUGUCUGAGUGGUACCAGCAUCCAGUGCGAGUUCCAGCCCGAGCUGAUCCACUUGCCUCCAGGUCCCUAA